CGAAGUAACAACAAACGGUCAGUCUGCCGCUCUCUCGUCUUGGCUGGAAAAAUGAUGGAGCUGCACUCGAACGACGUUGAUCUGGAGGACGGCGAGCUAUCUGACAGUGACGGCGACGGCGUUUAUACGCCGCUGCAGCGACCUGCAGGUGCGGAAAAGGUGGCCAGCCCCCUUACCACCUGCCACCAGAUCCAGACGGCGCUAGAGGACGAAUCACAGAGCAACAGCGAAUCCUCGACGGCUGAGUCCUCCGAGGAUGGGUGCAUCAAGAAACUGCGCACUGAUUCUAGUGGACAGGGAGGGCACAAGAAGCGAAAAAAGCGGAUUCGGCGUACGGUUAUGCGACGCGUACCGCCUACAGACGCCGAAAUGCAACCCAAUCGAGCACGCUUUAAAAAGUACAACGUAUGGGCCUCAGCUCUGCAGGAAGACGCCCUCAGUGAGAACAUGCGUGGCUGCGACGUUACUCGUAGCGGCCGGGAUCGGAAUGUGGAGAACUACGAUUUUUCGCUGCGUUACCGGCUCAACGGCGAAAACAACCUAAAACGAAGGCUCUCAAAUUCUUCGGAGGACGGCGGCGAGUCCUCUCACCCAGCCCACAAACGAGGAAGGCCUUCUAGCCGGCCCACAGACGAGUACCCACAGCGCGGAUCGGUCAAAAGCCGACUCGGCCACCGGUCACAACGGGGCACUUCAUCGGCCAGCGGUUCAUCAGAUUCUUGCGAGCCCAGGCACAUUUUGGAUCUCAACGAAGUGGCAGGUAGGGACCCCUCGGAUGUGGCCACAGAGAUGGCAAGCAAACUAUACGAGGAAAAAGAUGAAUUACUAGUUCGGGUUGUAGAAGUCCUCGGAGUGGACUUGCCCCUUGAGCUAUACAAAGAAACACAGCGCAUCGAAGCCGAUGGCGGCAUGAUGAUCAAAAACGGCAACCGGAGACGUACACCAGGCGGUGUAUUUCUGUUCCUACUAAAACACCACGACAGCAUAACCCAGGAACAGCAGAAGUCCAUUUUUAGCGAGGAUCGCCAAAGCCUCAGCAAGUCGAGAAAACAGAUCGAGACGUUGAUGCGGGACCGCAAAGUGGAGGAGUUAAAGAAGUGCCUCAGCAAGCAAGUCACUGAGCUGCCUACCCUGAGCCAGCGAAAGGAGCACUACAUGCAGGGCGACGAGCUUAGAGAAGAUAAUCAGCCAGAAAACUUGUCCAAUCCGCCGCCCUCUCCCGUUGGUGCUGGUCAGGAGCAGGAUAGUCCCGAAUACAGGACGCACGAAAUCAACAUAAAUCUAGUAGACAACACCGAACUACCCUCUACAUCCAAGGCAGCGGCGGCGGCAGCGGCUAAAGGAGAACCACUCAAGGAAUUAAUUAGCUACGACGACGACUUUCUAGACGUCAAUUGCGGGGACAUGGACUUUUUCUAGGCCCACGCCAAGCGCUGGGCCCCUUUUAUACCACGAACUUGCAUAGAUAGACCCAUAUUUGUACAAUUAAAUAAAUGCCUAGCGAAUUAGGACUAAAAAAGUAA